AUGAAACCACCGCUUAGCGCGAUUUCGAUGGUCAUUGAUUCGAUUGGCGUGGAUUUAGAUAACCAGGUAACAAAAUUGUCCUCGAGAACUACACAGAUUUCUUUCUCUAAAUUCUAGACAAAAUGCUCAAUUUGUUCUGAGCAAAUUUUCGAUCGUUACGUUUUUCGGGUAAGUUUUUCUUUGCGUUAACGCGGAGUGUCGUUUGAAUUAGCUUUUGUAAAUAAAUUGUCUUUUUUUUUUCUUUUCCUCUAAACCCGCUUCCCUCUAAAAAAUUCAAAAUAAUUUCCAGAUGGAAAAUCGGUCUUACCACGAAUCGUGCGUCAAAUGUUGCGUGUGUGAUGUGCCUUUAAAUGAGAAGUGCUAUUCCAAGAAUCAGCAGAUUUUUUGCGCGCAACACUAUUUCACGGAAAAUAGUGUUCAUCAGUGUGCCGGGUGUAAGAAGGGUGUGUCGCCGAGUGAUAUGGUGUACAAGUUGAGGGUGAGUUGAGAUUUGUGGUGUUAUUCUGAUCAUUUUGACACCAAACACGAUCUGUUUUGAGUACAUGGCCUAGAAAAUUAGGGUUUGGUUUUCUAGGCCUUAACGAAAUUUGAAACCUGAUAUUUUUCUUAUGAAAUUGAUACCAAACACGUCAAAUGGCCUAGAAAACCAACACACGGACUAUGAAAUAAGUUUUGUAUUUUCUAGGUCAGAGUUCACACCUUGACCUAGAAAACCAAAAAACAAAUUUCUAGGCCAGCAAAAUUUCAGUUCGAUUAAGGCUCUCCGAUUAAGGUUCUCUGGAAAUUUCCGAAUCGGUGACUUCUAUGGCCGAGAAAUCCAAGCAACGGUCUUAAAACUGAAAUUUUGGUUUUCUAGGCCACCAAUAAAAUUCGUUUGAGAAAUCAACAAUUUCGUGAAUCUUUGCAAAUCCUGAUUUGCAAAUUCACAAAUUUCGAAAAUAAAUCGAUUUCCUGCGUGACCUAGAAAUCCGUGGCCUAGAAAUCCGAGAAAUAUUUUAUUGUUAUUUUUUUCCACAGGCAAAUCUCGUCUUCCACGUGGAAUGUCAUUGUUGCACAGUCUGCGGACGCCAUUUGUCACCAGGCGAGCAAAUUUUGGUGGAUGAAAACAUGCGCACAGUCUCCUGUAUGAUUCAUUAUCCACCAGGUUGGUGCAAAACAGUUUUAGCUCCAAAAAUUCAAAAUUUUCCAGCCGAAGAAAAUGUUUGUGAAAUGCCAUCGACAAGUGAUUUGGGCGGUCCAGUUGAGCCAAGUUUUGAUGAAAGUUUUCCCGUUUUUCAAGUCAAAAAGGUGAGUUUUUCUGGAAAGGGGUGAUUUGGCUGCGUACGUUAAAUACUCAGCCAAACAUGAAACAUUUCAGGAGGUCGAUACGUAUGGCUAUAAUUUUGAGCAUUUCUCGUUUGCUGAUUUUUGCGAUGAUGAUUCGAGAAUGUUGAAACGGCGAGGACCAAGAACUACGAUCAAGCAGAAUCAGGUGGGAAAAUAUGUGGACGGGGAACAGUUGAAGUAAAGAUUUUUUUAAUGAAAUUUAAAUUUUCUAAUAAUUUUCGGCCCGCUGAUUUCGAUCCUAUGAGUUAGACAAUUUUGAAAAAUCGUGACUUUCAGUUGCUGAACGCCUUCUGAUUCAGAUGUUCUGAAUUUCGUGAAAAUUAUGACCUCCAAUUUCCGAAAACAUUUUCAAAAUUUAAAUUUUUUUGCAGCUCGAUGUGCUCAAUGAAAUGUUCUCCAACACUCCAAAACCAUCAAAACAUGCUCGAGCGAAAUUGGCGCUGGAAACUGGAUUGAGCAUGAGAGUUAUACAGGUAGAUUUUGAGCCUGCAAUCAAAUUUUUCUUCUGAAAAAGGCUCCUCUUUUUGCAGGUCUGGUUUCAAAAUCGACGAAGCAAAGAGCGACGUUUGAAGCACCUCUGUAAUUAUUUAAGACAUUAUGAGCAACGUGGAUUGAUUCCGCCACCAAUUCAUUUUAGAAAUGGUGAGUUUUUGGGAGAUUUUUUUGGGGGAAAGUGUUGGAAAAAUCUGAAAUUUUGACUGAAAUUGAGCAUUUUGGCUCAAAAAUAUAUGUUUUCUCAGACAAUUAUCAAAUCUCUUUCCAGAAAAAAUUACGUUAGUCAGAAAAUCAAAGUAACUUGAGAGUUUCGCUUAUAAUUUUCAGUGAAAAAAUAGAUUUUCUUUUUUUUUCGUUGAAAAAACAUGCAGAGUUUUUAGCCGGAUAUUUUUCAGCUGGAACUUUGGAAUUUAGAACAUCUGGAUUUUUUAAUCAUAGUUUCUAGCUUUUACUUUUUUUUCAGCUAACUAAUGAUUAUGAGUUUUUUUCGAAAAAAGAAAAAGUUUUGAAAAAACUGAUUUUUUAAAUGAUAACUUUGGGAAAUUUCAUCACUAAAAUUCAGUUUUGAAAAUUUUCAGCUGAAAGAAUAUUUUUCCGUAAUAAUUUUCAGCCUAAAUUUACAUUAGCUAUAAAAAUUGUGAUGACAAAAAUUCCAGAUAACUUUUUGGUCUCGAAAAACUUAUGCAAUAAUUCUUGAAAAUCUUUUUUUUCAGAAUUUUUGCUCUCAUUUUCAUAUUCCAACAUUUUAAGCCCAAAAUCAGAUGAGAUCUAAAAUUAAGCGAAACUUUUUGGUCUUCAAUUCUCGUCAAAUUUCAUUAACUCUCAGAAAAAGUUCCAAACAAAAAAACCUCUCCAAACUUUCUGCCUCCUCAUUUUUUUUCCUAAUUCCAAAAAAUCAUCUCCGCUCCAAACACACAAAAAUCCUUUGCACAUUUUUUUCGACCACAAUUUUUAAUUAAAUUUCCACAUUUCAUCUUUCAGAAGACAUGGAUUCGGCCGAUUUCACCAAUUUUUGCGCCAAUUUUGAUGAGGAAGAUGAAGAAGAUUAG